AUGUUCAUUGCUAUGGAGUAUUUUCCCCCAAAUCCGUUGAAAUACUUAGACCCCAAAAUAAUAAUAGUGUGUGAUGUUGAUUUUGGAGGAUUUACAUAUAAAGAGUUUCUUUUGUGGCUUAGGAAUUUAACCAAAGGAAGUUGUAAUGUUGUGUAUUACUACAGUAGAAAGGAAACCUUGGCUAAGGGUAUUAUACGAAUCAACAGUGAUGCUGAUUAUUGGGAGUUUGUUGAAGCUACUUAUACUCCUGAAGCUGAGUUGGAUGUCCACAUCGACCACCAAAAAGAACCAAUCCUUUAUUGGGCUGACAAUGAGGUGUUAUCAGAUGGUAUUGGUAACCUCAAUGAUGAUGAUGAACCUAAUGAUGGGGAAGAUGAUAAGGAUGUAUUCCCUGUCCAUGAUGAGAAACAAGAAUGGGAUAAGAUGGUGCCAAUUAUAGGUAGGGAUGUAAACAACCGUAUAUACCCUCUUGCUUGGGCUGUGGUUGCAGUGGAGAGUAUAGAAACAUGGAAGUGGUUUGUUGACCUUCUCCUUGAUGACAUUGAAAUCCGAAAUGGGCAUGGAUUGAAAUCAAGAAGCUAG